AUGGACGUUUCUACUGUUGUGGCUGCUACUUGUGAUGUUGAUGUUGAGCUAGUACUACCACCACCUGCACCCAUUGAACCAGAUAUUCCUGAUUUUGUUCUGCAUCCUAAUGUUGGGAUAAUCCCUAAAACUGGUCACAGCGUUCUUAAUAGCUCUUUUGCGCCUAAAGACAUUGCUAUAGCAGUAGCAAAAUGGGGUGAAAGUCCUAAAAGAUUGAUAAGAGAAAUGGGGCUAGGUGUAGACACAAGGAGGAAAAGGUUGGUACUAGGGAAAAACCAUUUUGCUCAGAUCAAUGAGAGGUCAAUGUCUGGCAUUUUAGGGACAAGAGAAGGUGUCAAUGCAGGCGAUCAAAACGUAGAUCCUACGGUUUGGCCUAGGAUAUGUGAGUACAAUGCACCAAAGCUUUUUGCCCUUGUUGAGAAGGACACCAUGAACCGUACAUUAGAAAGAGUUUUUGGCAUGUUGAGGCCUGGUGUGAAAGGGCAUCUAGCCAAUCUUAAGAGGCAGAAGCGAACGGCAAGCAGAUCACAGCUUCGAACAGUUUUAAAUGAGCACCCAGCUACUGUCCGUCUAUCAGAUGCGGAUGAAGUCAUGCUAUCACUUCCAACAAACAAUGUAUCAUCUAGACUGACAGCGCCCACUAUGGCUGAAAGAUUUAAGCCAUGCACAGGCCCAAACAUUGGUGACAUGCCAAAAACCAGGCUCUCUGGAAUGGAAAGUCAGAUGAAAUUAAGAAGAUAG